AUGAACCCUGCUGCCUGGCAUGGCCAACGACCAAGUCAGAUGCCGAUGCCAGUGAGGGUGUCUCACUUCCCUCAGGUACCGCAGUCGACUUCGGCUGUCACACACUACCGUGUUGUGAGACCUGCUGCUUACCCGGUGCGAACGGCGGCUCCAGCGCAUGCCUCGCCGCCCACGCGGCUCUGGCGCAUGCUGCGCGUCGGGGCUGCAGCAGUGCAGGUCAUGGAGGAGCCGUCGAUGCAAUCCAAGCGCUUGCCUUGGGUGGUGCAGCAGCCAGGAGACGUUGUUCUGACUUCAGGCCGCACACACGGUGACUGGGUUGAGCUUCUCUUUGCCCACCUCCGAAAAGGUUGGGCUCCGUUAAGUUCCUUUGUACCACACGGCCUGGGCGGCUACCAUGGCGAUGGCUUGUAUGACGGUGCCAACAGGGCGAUCCGGCAGCAUCAAAGCGAGACUUUGGCGGCACAAGCGUCGGCGACUGGCAGAUGGAGAGGCUGGGAAUUGAAGAGAUGCUGCACAUCCACCUAG